CAUCUAGCUAUCUCACUCGUCCGUUUCCAGUCUCCUCCCUCGCUAUCAGUCAGUAUUCGAACCCCCACUCACGCACACACUCGUCCCAGUAGCCCCUCACACCCUCACCCCGCAACCGCCACACAUAAUACCGCCUGCCGAGCCGCCGGCGGGUCCUCCUGGCCGGCUGCUCGGCCUCCGUCUGGUGGCCGUUCUCCUCUCGGAUGGCUGGCGCCAACACAGACGACCGCCUGGAGGGCUCGAUGCCAGGCGAGAGGGGAUGGCGGGCAAUGGGUGGCGUCAGAGGGACUGACAGGGACGGGGAGCGCGUGUGGCUGGCGGCUGUGGUAGGCCCGGUGGUUGAAUGCCGCUUGUCGGCCUCCUUGCUUGGUGGCUGCUGGGUGCUCACAGGUUGGGGGCCGUCGGCAGGCUGCUGCAGGCAGACAGAGAGGGGGAGGGGGAAGGAAGGGCACGCCAGCUCGUCCGAUGAUGACGUGUCCGACAGGGAGGGCGACAACGAAUCUGCAGGACAGAGGACAGAGAUGCACGUGUGUGCGGACGCCUCCCACGGUUACGUAACCUGCCCCUUUCCUCCCCACCUUCUGCAUCCCUCUUGCCCCGCUUCCCUGGCACCCGAUAUUCCAUGGCGCUCUCGCUGGGGUACACCAUCACAGGCCGGGCCAGGUGCACCACAGCGCCGCCGCUACUCGAUGGCACGCAAGACGAUGAAUUAGCCGGCACCCGCACCGGAAUCGACACAAAUGGCUGAAAAGUGGUUGUGUCCUCUCUCGACUGGCCCUUGGACCGUUUCUUGGGCGACUCGGGUGGCCCGAGCGGCCCCGAGGGGACGGCGGGGAUGGCCACGCGAAGCUCCGCAGGCCACAUGGCGGUCUGCUGCUCCUGGUAGUGGCGCUGCAGCUCCUGCGUGUGCUGCAUGAGCCAGUUGCGGAACUGCUGCGGUUGGCCGUGACGGCUGGACCGCCGCCUCCCCCUCUUGCGCACAGAGGAUGGGCACGACCGGCUGCGUGUCUUGAUGCGACGUGCCGGCCUCUCGUCGUGAGGACACAUGGCCACCUCCUCUUCCCGCUGCACGCCGAACUCACCAUUAUCCUCGCCCUCGUGCGUGCCAUAGGAGCCUUUUGUGUGCUGAUUGAUGGAGUCGCCGUGAGCAGCCAGCUGCUCAGCUGCGGCAGCGGGGGGCUGGGAAGGGGGCGACUGCCCAAACAGGCGAUGCAGGAAGGGAGGGCGAGCGCGCUGGCGGGGAGGGAUGGCGUGGGUGUUGUUGCUAGCUGUGCUGUUAAGCUUCUUCUUCUCCUUGAGUAGCGUGUCUAUGUGAGUGCUAUCCCGCUCAAGGACAGCCUCGUCGUAAGCCAGCGCCUGGCGAUACGCGCGAAUCUCCUGAAGGCAUGAACAGGACAGCAGAACAGACAGAUGCAGGAGGCUUGCUGAUAUGCUGCAGACACACCUGCAUGAGCUGCAUCCGUCUCUGCGUCAGUAGAGGGAUGUCCUGCUCCAGCUCCCCAACUACAGUGCCCAUCGCCUCUCGAUACGCCGCCAGCUGGCCAUUCAGCACUCCCUCCCUGCCCUCCUGCACACUUCUAAGCUCCGACAACGCCAUCCGCUUCGGCUCAUCAGCUUGGCUGGCGUGCGCAGCUGAUGCCAUCCCCAAUCUCUCCAUGCCGUCGUCGAUGCAGACGCCAUUGUGGGCGUGCGAUGGCGUCUGUGGUGCGAGGGAGUUGUCGCUGGAGAAGAGCGGCGAGGAGGAGGAGGGCUGAGGCGCCGCCGUGGACACAGACAUGGAGGAGGACGAUUUAAGGCUCAUCGCAAAUGGAACGAUCUCAGACACUCGCAGAAAGCUAAGAGAACGCCUCGGCGCGUACCUUGCGGUUCU